ACUCGUGCACGAUUGUUCUUCUGCUUUCCUUUAAAGAAGCGCAGUAAAUGCACUUAUUGUUCACGAAAAUAGUAUUCAAUUCAUGUGGCUUGGUGGAUGCCCGUCAUUAUCAGAAAUUACUCUCCAAUAACUCAGGUGGAGAAAAAUGUAAUUUGUUUAAUAAGUGAAACAUAAUUUUGUCUGGUAGUCGUCAGUGGUUUAUGUUUUAUUUCCCAGUGAAUGUGCAAGUGAAAACGACCGGAUCGUGAUCCACGAGCAAAAUCAGUCUGUAAUAAAAUGCAUGAAAAAAACAUUCAAGUCAGCUGCACCAGGCGCUCCCUAUCUCAACGAACUCCUUAAUCCUUUUUUGAGUAGAAUCUCCUAAAAAUCUUUCCAAAUGUCACACAUUCCCUCGGAAAACGGUGCAAAAGUCACCCUCAUUAAAAAAAAAUUCGAGGGCACGAUGUGUGAUCUAGCUCCUUCCAACCCUGACCAAAAGGACAUACUCCGUCGAUCUCUAAGUGCCUCACCAGUGAAAGUGAAGAAGAAUCUCAAGCUCAAUGUCACUCGUCAGCUUUCUAAUCCUUCUAAGAACAUCAAACGGACUCCAGCGUUCAGAGGUGACAAGCUCUCUCGCGUAAAGCAUCUCCAUUCCCCCUCCAUUGAAAAAUCGCCUUCUCUCGUUCACAAGACUGUGAAAAUAUUUGAAGAAACUGCCGAAUAUGGACAAAUAGGAAGUGUGAAGAAAAAAACAAAUUUCUACAUAUCGAAUUCGAAUUUCAACGAAUCAAACGAAAAAAAAUCAAAAGAAAGAGAAAUAUCAGCAAAAAUAAUGGAAAAUACAGUGAGAACAACUGUAAUCUCACGUCACAAAAACAUUUACCCCCUGAGAACUGAAGAGGAAUCAAAAGAUACAAAUGAAUCAAGAGAUGAAAUUGAUUUUUCUUCUCUCGUUCAAAACAAAAAAAUCGAAAAUUGUGAAAACAUCGAUUCUUCAGAGAUAGAAAAGUUUCUGAUGAAUGGAGUUGAAUACACGCGAGUGGUGAAACCUUCAAAAUCACCAGACAACAUUUUUAGAAGUUCCCAAGAAGCCGUACAGAAAAACGUAGAUGUGAGGGAAGAGUUAUCUCGGAGGAAAUCCUCAAAGAACAUUUCUUUAUCGUUAGAACUAACAGAAAGCCUCAAGGCAGCACUCCAAUCUCCCUUACCUUCUGGUCCACCUCCGAAAAAGCCCCCCAGGACGUUCGCACACUCACCCUUGGUCCAAAGAAGCCAUCCAGACCUUCCCGUUUUUGUCUCCCCCAAAUCCCGUAGUAAACCGUUGAAAUUCGUUUUACAAACAACAGAAAGUGACAUAACUGAUUCAGUUCCUAAAAAUUCAUUCUCUUCCACCAGCACAAGUGAUGACGAUUUCUCGUCUUGCAAGGACUUUCCGAAGUUUCCAACAACUUCGGACAAAACGAGAGAACAAGAGAAUGAACAGAAUGAAUUGAAUAAAUUGAAAGAACCAAAAAUCCCCAUGAAUUUUUGUUCUCUAACUCAUCAAAGUGAAUCAACACAUAAACCUAGAAAUUCGCAAAAGAUGCUGGAAAAAUUAGAAACCGUCCUAAUUCAACAUCAGAAGGCAUUGGGACCUAAAGUAAUAAUGCCAAGACGAGACAGGAGUGAAAUCUCAAUUGGGUUCGAUUCUAACAAAUCGCAGAGUGAUUUAAAUAUAAAAAACAGCGUUGAGAAAAAUGAUAAAAAAUCAUUCUUUAGUAAUCGAUUAUCAAGGACGACAGAGGGUGAUAGGAAGUUGGGGAAAUUUGAUAAAUCGAAAAGUAGAAAACAUUCGACAUUUGAUUGUCUGCCAUAUUUGAACUGUGCUAGUUGCACUGUUUAUGAACAACCAACAUUUCAACAUUAUUUUGGUGAGGAUUUGUUAAUUAAUAUAAAGUCGAAGUCAGAGGAUUCUCUGAGUUUCUCUAUUGAGAAUAUUUUCAACUCAAGUGGAUAUUAUAAAGAAUCGCUCAGUCCUGAUGAUAGAAGGCUUUCUACAGAACUUUCGACAUUCUUGGAGGGCAGAAGAAGAGACAGUGGAGACAGAAGGAAUGAGGAAAGAGUUUACGCUGAACCUUUCUCAUUCGAUACGAAUUCCGGAACUGAUAUCACUGGGCUUGGAAAUCUCUCGAGUGCGAAGUGUAAUUAUCUCUCAAGAAGCUGGUGCGAUGAGGGAAACAAGAAACAGGAGGAAGUGGUGGUGGGGGGAGAAACAGGUGGAAGGAUCCAGAGUGCAGAGGUGCAUUAUUUGGCAGAGCAGCUCUUGAACCAAGCUUUCGGAAAAUUCCCCAUGUCAUCGACGGAGCCAUCAACCGAGUCGUCGACGUCCUCCGACACGGACAGUCUCGCUUCAACCCUCUCCCUGACCGAAGAGCUGACGACAUUCAGCGACAAACUCCGCCUCUUUAAGAACCAUGAGAACACCCACAAGCUAUCUAAGGAAAAACUCCACCGUUCCCUCACAGAAAAACGUAAAUAUUAUGUGCGAAAAGUAUCGACAAAGUACGCCCCGAACAACGAACUAAGUCUCAGAAGAGAAACAGAUCGUUUGUUCGACGUUUGUCUCCUAGUUGAGCUGAAUCUGAGCACUAAAGUUCCUUACGUCAAGGAUAAGUAUCCAAUUUACGCUGAAGUACCAGCGUGGAUAGAAAAUUUUUGCUUUCCAGAUGCACAGGAUUGGCCCCCUGAUGAUUCCAAUCAUAAUCAAUUCCAUUCGCUGUGUUUGAUGGACGAAAAAGGGAACAGAAGAUUUGGGUACUGCAUUAGAGUUAAACCAGAAGGCGGGCCUGUUUUACCUCUAACCUAUUGUUUAAUUACUAAACACCGGGCCAGCGGGUUCUAUCAUAAAGUUCUUCAAGAGUUGGAGGGCAGGCAUGGGCUUUCCGAUAAGAAUCGAAGAGGUUUUAUUGAGGAAUUGUAUAACAGUUCGAUGCCGAAACCUGGAAACAGUCUCAGGAUGAUUAAGGAGGAGCAAUUUGAGGCACUUUCAAAUUUCGUUAUUAAUAAUAACAAGAAGGAUAAUGAGGGCGAAAGGCUGAAAGCGGUUGUCAAAGAGGGCGGUCGGGGAUUGAGGGAGGGAGAGGGCUAUGAGAGUUUGAUUAUGAGAACUGCAGAUCCAAGGUUGGAAGAGAGAGAUAUGAGCCAGCUGUUCGAUGCUGUCAACAACAAGGUUUUGAUUUUCUUGUUCGGAAGUCUGUUGCUGGAGAGGAAAGUUGUGUUGCUGGGAGGAAAAUUGAGUAAACUGAGCACUUGUGUGGAAGCUCUCCAAAGUCUAUUGUAUCCAUUUAGGUGGCCCCAUACCUUUAUUCCGGUGCUACCGGAUAUUGAGGGAUUGCAGGAGAUUCUCGGGGCGCCUCCGCCGUUUGUGAUUGGGAUUUUGAAGGAGAAGGGUGGGAGCAAUGCACAGGUGGGAUCAAUUCAGGAUGGCAUCGUAGUUGAUUUGGACACUUCGAAGGUCCUCACUGCUGUUGGAGAUGAAGGAUCAAUCCUUCCCAAGAGACUACAAGAAGGUAUUCGUUCAGCUCUGCAACUUGUUACUAAUAACACUGAGCAUGGAGAUGUUAUCAGAAAUUUCUUGGUAUCUGAGGCUUUUCUCAGGGUCUUUGUCGAGACUUGUGCUCAUCUGGAGACUCAUCUAGCCACGCAACAGGAUGGAAAGAUCAUUCUUCAGAAAGAGUCAUUCGUGAAAGCCUGUACGUCAAAAACAGUACAAUUUUUCCUCGAGUGGUUCGUAGAAACAAUAAUGUUCAACUCAUUCAUCACUGAUUACAUUGCAUCAGUGGAAGGAACGACUGUCGGUGAAAGCUAUGAUAUCAAAUUGUUUAAACAGAGGGUUGCAGAAUUUCGUAAACUAAAUGAGGAGAAUUUGUUAUCGAAGAAGACGAAAAAGAAAACCUUCGGUAAAUUCAUUUUCAACUUCUGAGAUGAAUAAUAGAGAGAAAUCACUAAACAACAGUGAAAUCAACUUGAAAAGCGGAUAAUCGAGGUUAUGACUUUUUGUAAUAAGUCAUAAUAAUAAAUUUAUGUCUGCCAGUUAAGACUGUAAUUACGAUUAUUUGAAUGUUUCAAUGUUUUUUCACAUAUAAGACUCCAGUUUGAAGCCUAUUCGGUCAACGUAGAGUGAAAGGAAGAAUAAAGUCAACACGAAGUAUAAUGGAUAUCUUACAAUGUUAUAAAUAAAUCGGGUAAAAUGGAUAUCCCACAUAUUUUAGCUGCACUAAGAGACAUAAAAUGAAAUGUGAAAAGACGGAAGAGCUCGACUUCCACUUUGAAAAUUAUCCUAAGUGUCAAACGUUGGUAAAGUCAGACGGGAGAGUCGAGCAGAAUAAUCCCAAAAGUGUGAAACGUUCUCAAGGGUCAAAUGGAAGUCACUGGCAGAGUAAUCGCAAGGAUCAAUACGUAGUUUUAAUUUUAUUCGUUUGACCCUCAGGGUUGAAUACUUGACCUUCCCAGUUAUUCUGAUUGUCUGUAAGGAUCGAGGCAUGUUUGUACAUAUUUUUUUAUAAAACUAGCGUAUGGGGCGCGCUAGGCGUGCCUCAGCCUAGAGUAUGGUGGCAUAUGUUUCAUUUUUCAUGAAUAUAUAUUUUGAACUCCAUUUAGAUGUAAGCUCAGUAUUAAAUCUCAACUUAUUUUCAUGUCCGGAAAUGAGUUCAUGUUUAGAUCCAACGUUGCAUGAGAUCCAAAUGUUUUUUCCAUCCUGCCACUGGCCCAUGUAACCUCCAAUAAAAGGGAGAAGGAAUCCCAAAUCAAUAUUCCAAUUUCUAAAAGAAACGAAAAAAGAAUAUAUUCCUAUAUUUCUCCAUAUCGCCUUCGAAAAACUAAAACAAAGAACAAAUAAAUGAAAAUUUUCUUAUUCUCAA